AUGGAUUGGACCUCAGCUAUUAAGAAAAUCUGGGCCAAGGACAGGAAAAGUCGACUGGAGGAAGCGAAAAUGUUGCGUGAUUCCUUUGACAAAAAGUACAACUGGGCAAAACAGAUUAAAGAUCUUACUGAGAAGAUGAUCAGUUGGGUUCAUGGUAUGAAUGUCAAUUUGAUCAUGUACAUUAUUUUAAUCAUGUACGUAUUACUUUGUUAAUUUGCACAGUGUCAAGUAGAAAGAUUAUUAUUAUUUAAAAAACGAAUUGAAUUCUAUUAAAUUUAUUCUUAUUGUUAUCAUUUUAUUAUUUAUUUAUUUAUUUUUCUUUUUUUUUUUUGCAAAAAAACAUUUUCCAUCAUACAUUUGAGAGCUUGGUUGAAAGUGGUUUUUUGGGUGACAGACAGCAACCAGGAGUGGGCAGUGGUUUUACCCAACAAAUUGUCUCUAUAAGGGUUAGACACCUAGUAAUACUAAAUAUUAUGGUAGACCCAUGGCAGUGUCAUGGCAUGUUAAGAGGUAAAAGCCUUAUUCCAGUUGCCAUUUGCAGGGUUGUCAAUUGAACGCAUAACCCGUAACACCUGGAAAAGGUCUUGAAAAAUAGAAAAAAAGUCUCUGGAAAAAUAGUAAAAACUCUGGACCUUUUUUUCAUAGCUAUACAACAAUUGCUUAAUAAGUGAUUUUUUCCCUGUGGUCAAUUUCCCUUCAAUCUCCCCUGUACUGAAGACAUUUAAUCACAGAAUGUCCACAUUGCACCUUGUUUACCAUAUGUUCUCAGUGCAUCAUGAAAAAAGCUUGGAUCCAGUGUUUUUCAAGGUGUUUAGUGAUCACCUAUUAAUUUUGUUAACCUUGAAAUUAUCUGGAAAAGUAAAGUAUUGUUUUGGAAUAAGUCUGCACGAACCCUGUAGUUAAAAAGCUUGUAGAAUUUGGCAACGGUUAAUUACUUAUAGCAACCAUAAAAAGUGAAAAUUUUGGUUAAUGAAUUUUUGUCAUUUUGCCUUAUAGAUCCUGAAUCAACUCACUUUGCUUGCACUAAUGAGGGAUUAAAUUAUCCCCAUUUAUGUCGUCUUCUAAUCACCUUGGGUUCAAAGGCACUCAGGGUAACCUUUGACAAAAUAAUUCCACCACAGAGUCUUCAUAGGUGUUUGAAACAUCAAAAACACUCUAAACUUUUGUUACUUCGAAAGCGAGGGGUGUUAAACUCACUCCAGUGGAGUAAAUUGUAUCCUUCUUCAUCCCCUGAAGUGACAUCUGCAAGCUUUGAUAUCCCCCUCUUGAUAGUGCUCUUAAGGACAAUCUGUAAUCUGAGUCCUCCACCUGCUGGCUGGGACACACCUCCUCUCACAGCAGACGCCAGUCGUGAGUCUGACAUUGCCCGUGUUAGGUAUUUCAUGAAUGCUGUGUCUAAACAUGCUGGAGAGGGCUUCAUCAAUGAUGCUGUGUUCAGUAACUACUGGCAGCAGAUUCGUGACACUUUGUUGAGAUUGGGAGGAGCCCAUUAUGGAGAUGCCAUUGACGAAAUAAGGGAUCAGGAAAUGGACUCUCUGGAGGAAGAACAUUUCAGGGAACUUCUAAAGCAGUGGAAGAAAGUGGAGGACAAUAUCAAAGACAAGCUGAAUGAACUCGAAAGUGAAUUUAAUGAGUCAGGUUAGCUUUAGUUAUGUGUGCAUUGAUCUUGCUGUUAUGUAGCUGACUCAAUAAAGGUUGUUUUGGGCAUUGGUAAUUGGGCACUUUGAAGCUAUUGUUUGGUGGUCACUCAAGCAAAUCAUCAAGAACUCAUGCUUAAACACCCAAUGCCCAAUCGCUAAUGACCAAUAUUGUCAAAGCAACCUUAAUUGAAUUGGGUCUAUCAGAGAUUCAGCUUGGCUGCACUUGCUUGGCAAUCUUGAUUCCUAAAAAUAAACAGAAAUCUUAGUACGCAUUCUUUUAGAUAUAUAUUUUAACUAGUAAUAAUCAAUGAGUGUGGGCAACAGCGAUUCAGAGUUAAAACACUCCAAGUCUUUCUUCAAUUCUGUGCUCUACGGAAGUUUCACAUGUGAUCAGAUUGCCAGGUCUGUGUGUUCCAUUCAUUUUUAGUGGAGGUCCAAACGUAGCUGUUCAAAGCUGGCUACAUAAGUGCCGUGCAUACGUCAUUUCAACCUGUAGAUCAGAAUUAUGGGUUCCUCUUGUCGCCCACAGUAAUCAUUGAUUAAUGUAAGGCUUAAAGAUGAAGCCUUUGAUACCCUGUGUUCAGCUUUUCCUUGUUGCACGGAAACAUGAAAUAGGUCAUAGCCUCAUCUCCACACCACUGAAUACAUGUAGUUACCAGACUUUUUGGCUUGAACAAUAACAUUCGAAUUAUUGUAAGCUGUUUAAGAUAUACUGCUAACUGAUCAUGAGGUAAUACUGGGUCCACAUCCCAUGGCCACUAACUUUAGUGCUGCAAUGAAACUGACAUCAGGAUAUUUUCAGUUAUUUUUUCAGUUGGAUUCAAAACAGAAUCAUAAAGUAUUUCCCUUUACUUGCCCACCGUAAUAAGCAAGCUACUGUGUAACAAGUCAAAUACUUGUUCUCAUGUCAAGCUCAAAAUGUUUCUUAAGCGCAAAGAGUGAGCUAGAAAUUUUUUAUGUUUUCGUUGGCAAAGCAAGAGACUACUUCUGGAACCAGAAAAGAGAUUAGCGAAGGACUUUGAGAAAGUCUGUUAUGUUGAUUUUGGCGCUAGAUGUUAACGAUUAAGGUGAUUUGGCUCUGUUUGUCAAGAUAACAAGAUGAACUCUUGUGUUCACAUUCCUUUCUCAUUGCUGAUGUCGUUAUGAAGCACUAGUAUGCUGUAACUGAAAGAACUUUCAUCGAUUCGGACUUUCCGCAAACAAAAGUUUGACUUGGCUUAUAAAAUGCUGUGACCACAUGCCACAUUCAAAUCUAGGCGAUUUAAGAUACAACUGCAAUUGACCAUAUGGUAAUGCCGUAUAUUUUGACUUUGAAGUUUGCUUGCCAUGGACAUUUUGCUUUAUUUUAUAUAGGGCUUGAAAAAAACUUGAAUUCAAGCUUGUCCUUUGGGAAAGCAACUCUCACCUUUUCCUUGCCUAGGGCCAUGGCCACUUGUUGCAUGUCUUAAGACCCAUGCACAUCAAGGCUUAAACUUGUUUAAUUGUUUAAUUAAACACAGUUUAAGUUUUUUUUUCUUUGUACACUCAGUACAGUUAAGAAGCUGUUUACUCUACUUUAUUGAUUGCUGCUACUAUGUAACCUGUUGAAUUUCAUUUGAAUUAUCUGUAGAAGCCUAGCUGUGUUCUAAUUUUCUGUUACUGUUUUCCAUUUUUUAACCAUGUUUAGUUGGUGUGAAUGGGGCUUUAGUUAAUGAUUUGGUUAGAAGGUGUCUUACUUGGAUCUUUGCCCAUAUACAUGUAUGGGCAAAAAAGUGAGCUUUAAAAGUUGGUUGUCCAGCUGGAAAAUCUACUUGUCAUGGACUAAUGAACAGGACUUUUUUUUAGCCCUGUAUAAUCAUAGAUGUCAAUCAGCGACAAAAUUGUAGGGACAUUGUACUCAAAAAGGGGAACUUCAGAGCAAAAACAAUCCACACCCCUCCCCCUCCAUUCAAAGUUGCAGUGCUUUAUUUUCCCUUUUUGAAGUUUGCAAGAUGUUAGAAAGGCCCUUUAGGGCAAAUUGUCUCAAGUUAUUUUGUUGGCAUGCGUUACUAAUUAUUAUUAAUAGGAUUCAUACGGUUUGCUGCCAAUAUUUUGUACUGAGCAUUGUGUGUCUGUAUUUUUAUGCUUUUGCUGGCCAAUUAAAGUGACUGACAGACUACUACCGGAACUGAGAAGCGAAGGACUUUGAGAGAGUCUAUUAUGUCCCAUGAAAAUAAUCAAUAGAAUUUGCUUCAGUGCACACCUAUCAAACUACUGAAAAUGUAAGAACAACUUUCUUUUUUUUCUAGCUGAGAACAUCCUUCCAUCUCUACAAAAUUUGCGAUGUGAUGCAGACCAGGUUCGCAACAAAACCAUCCUACCAUCUAAUCUGAGAACGGUUGCAGCGAAGAAAGGAUUCUUAGUUUCUGAUAACCAAGCCUCUGGGAACUGUUUGUUCUAUGCACUGUCUGAGCAACUGAAAAGUGUUAAAGGAAUCCAAAUCUCACACAAAGCACUAAGAAACACUUUGGUACAGUUUCUCAGAGAGAACGCUAAUCUGGUAAAGCAAUGAUGUAGUCCCUUAAUUGUAUGCUUAACUUCAUGCUAGGAGAAAAAUGGCAGAGGCCUUAAGUGUCUCCUAUAAAAUCCAAGACUAUAAAGCGAAGUUGAUACAGUGUAAUAUCCUGAGCCGUACCUUGUUAUAAUUUUGGAACUUUGUUGAUUUGUACCUGUAAGGGGGGAGGGGUGUACUGCAAAAAAGAGACAAUGUCCAGAUAUUAGAUUCCCGAGGGCUCACACCUCUGAAAUAGGGGAAAGUGUGUUAAAGCAUUUGUUUUUAUUUAAUGUAUCAAUAUAUCAUUAGCAAGAAUUUCUUAAUGGGCUAAACACUUAAGAAUGUGUGCUCUGUGCUUUGAAAGCUUUUCUUUUUAAAGAUCAUCAAUCGUUAAAGUGAAAAAGUAUUUUCAGAGGUUAUAUAGUUGGCUGUACCUCUAAAGAUAUUAUUUUUUGCAGCAUUUUCUGACCUGUUGUUGUUGUCAAUUAACUCAAAAUUCACUCCAGUUGUAUUCUGAUUCAUGAGCUAAUUAAAAUUCACUUGCUUGAUUGUUGUCGUUGUUUUUGUUUUAGCAUGAUGGAACACCCUUGUUCAACUUUGUUUCCGGCUACCCAUCAUGGCGUGAAUAUUUACAAAGCAUAGCGAAAGAUGGUACCUGGGGUGAUCACGUGGUUCUGUUUGCUGCAGCAAACUACUUUCAAACUGCCAUCCGUAUUAUCAGCAGCCUUGAUCGUGAAAUAGUUGUCCAUCCAGAACACACAGUUGCUGACCAAACCCCCCUUGUGUUGGGACACAUUCAUGAGUUACACUAUGUUAGCCUUCAGCCUAGAAAAGGUACAAUACUAGUCUCUUCCCUCUCGCAAUGAGCCAGGUUUAAUUGUUUGACUGGUGGGAAAUGUGUAGCCUCCCACGCAGACGUUCUUAGAGGUUCGUCACGUGUUCCAGCCCCACAGUUAGUGGGGCAGGAACGUGUGACGAACCAAGAACGUGUGCGUAGGUGGCUUGGAAAUGUGCUGCAGAUAUCAGCCCUGCACUGCAGUCAGUAUGGCGUUUGUGUUCAAGAGAAGUGGGGGUUGGUAACUGCUUUUGCAUGGAUUCUCUUUCUAAAAAUCAUCCUAAUGAGUUUCUUAAUACUGUAAUCGCUUUUUUGUCAAUGAGGAGAAAAUAGUUUCUUUUUGAUUUUUUUAAUAGCGUUUCUUCACUUCAGAUAUCCUAUACUCGUAGGAGUAGAUCCUAUUGAGCCGGAUAUUUUUUGAGAUUUUCAGACGCAACAAAGUGUGACCUGUUUAGCUUAAUGGUUGUGAUUGAGAAGAAGUGAGUGUGAUGUUGAACAGGCGAGUUUGAAACAGUUCACAGUAAAAUAUCUGCGCUUUAUGCUGAGUGACUGGAAUCGUAAGCAAAUACUGGCUUUGCGAUUUUACACUAAGAGAUGAUUAUUAUAAUAAGAAGAGUUUAUUCAUGGUGUCUAGUGCCCCUUUUUAAAUUACCAGUUUUAAGGCGCUCGGCCCCUCGAUCUUGCUCAAUUUAUACAUACCAUAUACUGCAUAUCGUAAAGGAAAAAAUUGUUAUGAUUUGCAGUUUUGGUACUGUAUUAUUGCUAGGUGAUCAUACGUUAUCUAAGGUUAUGUCAGUUGUCAAAGGUUCAUUAUUGACCUUCUAACCAUACUGUUAACAGUACAAAAUAAAAAGACUGUGAUAGAGAAUGCUUUUUCAUUGACUGACGGAUGGUUCUCCCACCUCAGUGAAUAUAACUGUGAGAAUCUAACGGCCGUUUGUUUACUAUUUUUUAUUUUGCCAGAUGAGUGUUUAUUUCAAAGGAAUGAGAAGGGUAAUGAAGAGUACAUGAUGGAGAACGACGAAAUCAGAGCAAAACCAAGAAGGACCACGGAAGAUCUUAUGGCUUGUAGAUCUACAGGUACGAGUUCAUGAUAUGCAUCUAGCGACCACCCUUCUAUUGUCAAAUCCCCCCCCCCCCCCCAAAAGGGGGAAUUGUACCGCUUCAAAUCGGCGAUAGAUACCCUUUUAAGAGUACCAAUCUCCUCUCCAGAGGCUGUGUUGCUACCGAGGCAGGCAGACCAGUCGAUUUUGGCGCUAGACGUUAACGAUUUAGGUGACUUGGCUGGCUUUCAGUGUUUGUCAAGCCAACAAGAUGAACUCUUGUGUUCACAUUCCUUUCUUAUUGCUGACGUCGUUGUUUGCACCUCAGAGUUAUGCAACACAAGUAUGCUGCAACUGAAAGAACUCUUACUGAUUCGGACUUUCUGCAAACAAAAGUUUGACUUGGCCUAUGAAAUGCUCAGGAAUGUGACCACAUUCGAAGUUAGGUGACUAUAAGGUAAUGUCAGGUCUAUAUCCCGCUAAUUCCAGUGCUGCAGUGAAAUCGAGGUCAGGAUACUUCUAUUCGGUGGUGGAAGCGGAGACGUAAAACAAUGAAUCAUGAAUCGUGGGAAAAAAGAUGUGAAUCAUUGGGCAAAAAAGGCAGGAAUCAUAAAUAGCGAAAGACAAAUGAUUCCCCUUCCACCCCCGAAUUUUCAUGCGUUUUUUAAUAGAAUUGCAAAGUACUUCUUAAAGUAUGUCAUAUUUCCCUAAUCAUGCACCCUCCAUAAUAUACCAACUAACAGGUCAAAUACUUGAUAACGUUUAAGCAACGUGUAUGAACAUUCAUUUUUUAGAUUUGUCAUACCUAAACGACAUUUUUGAGAGGAUCCGUCAGCUGUAUAGAACUCGUGAACAACGCCUUCUGCCUGUCCCUUGGUGUGAAGAUUUCAGCUUUUAUUUGAAUGAUAUUUUUACAAGAUUAAAAAUCUCAGGCAAAGAAAAGACCCUAGGAGUACUUACUGACGAGAUAACCAAUAUGACUGCUAUAUUUAAGGCGCACGAAGAAUGUUUAAGCCCUAGAACAAUCUUGAUCGAGGGAGAUCCUGGCAUGGGAAAAACCACAUACUGUCAAAAGCUGGCGUAUGACUGGGCAACUAAGAAGGACGAAUGGGAUCCAUCUUUUCCAGAGGUUGAAGUGCUACUGCUUCUCAAAUGUAAUGAAAUUCAGUCAAACAUCUGGGAGGCUAUUGAUGAUCAAAUUUUACCCGAGGAAAUGGAAGAUCAAGCUAAGGAAUGUUUCUUUAAAUUCAUUCGCGAAAAUCAGUCGAAAGUUCUUUUAGUUCUCGAUGGAUUGGAUGAAGUGGAUCCUAGUAAACUCAAAUUACUCUCCAGGCUUAUUCAAGGUAAAGAACUUUCACGUUGCUACAUUGUUGUCACAUCUCGUCAUGAGGCUGGUAGUACAGUAAGGAGGUACUUUGACACUCUGUGGGAAAUUGAAGGAUUUACCAAGAAAGAUGCAGAAAGCUUUAUUCUUAAAUACUUUAAAAACAUCAACAAAGAGCACUUAGCCUGGAAACUUAUAGAACGCAUAUGGCCACAGGAUCGCUUCGCAAAGUCAAAAAAGGAUAGAGACCUGAGUGAAUUGACAAAAAAUCCCUUAAACACUGCCUUACUGUGUGUUAUAUGGGAGGAUUUUGAGGGCGUGUUUCCAACGAGUAGAACUGAAUUGUAUACGGAGAUUGUUCUUUGUGUUUUAAGAAGAUAUGAACAAAAGCAAGGUUUAGCGAGCAAGAAUGACCUGAUGACCGUUUACAAAAAAGAAUUAAUAGAUCUUGGAAGAAUGGCAUUAGAAUCUCUUCUAAAAGGAGAGUUGUAUUUUGAAGAACAUAAAUCUGACGGUCGCUUCAUUGUCUUAUCCAAGUUCGGAUUCCUUUCACUUCAGCCUGGUGGCAGUAAGAGGAAAGUUGUUGUGCGUUAUGCAUUUCUUCAUAAGAGCUUUCAAGAGUUCUUUUCUGGUUUCAAUCUUGCUUACAAACUCAUUGAGGGAGAAAUUGAGUGCGAAUCAGUGGUGACUGAGAACGAACUAUACGAAGUCUUUUUAUUUACGAUCGGGAUUUUAGUUUCAACAAGUGAGAAAACUGCACAGUCUCUCGUAACAUGUAUGGCUGGAAAUAUCACAAGUCUUCGGUCUGUCAGAGACUUUUCAAAGCGUCUUGCAUUCUCUUUAGGUUGUUUAUCAGAGCACGAAAGUUUAGUUUGCACCUUAGGUGAGCACCUUCACAUUUCUUGUUUGAAAUUGGACACAGCAAUUUGCGAACAUGAAUUUGUGUCUCUUUCCAAGGCCCUUUCAGUCAACUCCUCCAUAACUCAUUUGGAUUUGAGUGACAACAUUAUUCAUGAUUCUGAAGCUGCGUUUGUUUCCGAUGCUCUUGCAGUCAAACCCUCCUUAACUAAUUUGGAUUUGAGAUGCAGCAGUGUUGAUGUUUCUGCAGUUGCGUCUCUGUCCCAGGCUCUUGCAGUCAACUCCUCCUUAACUAAUUUGGAUUUGAGUAGCAGCAGUAUUGGUGAUUCUGGAGCUGUGUCUCUUUCCCAGGCUCUUGCAGUCAACUCCUCCUUAACUAAUUUGGAUUUGAGUACCAGCAGUAUUCGUGAUUCUGGAGCUGUGUCUCUUUCCCAGGCUCUUGCAGUCAACUCCUCCUUAACUAAUUUGGAUUUGAGUUGGAACAGUAUUCGUGAUUCUGGAGCUGCGUCUCUUUCCCAGGCUCUUGCAGUCAACUCCUUCUUAACUAAUUUGAAUUUGAGUAGGAACGGGAUUGGUGAUUCUGGAGCUGUGUCUCUUUCCCAGGCUCUUGCAGUCAACUCCUCCUUAACUAAUUUGGAUUUGAGUACCAGCAGUAUUGGUGAUUCUGGAGCUGCGUCUUUUUCCCAGGCUCUUGCAGUCAACUCCUCCUUAACUAAUUUGGAUUUGAGUUGGAACAGUAUUCGUGAUUCUGGAGCUGCGUCUCUUUCCCAGGCUCUUGCAGUCAACUCCUUCUUAACUAAUUUGAAUUUGAGUAGGAAAGGGAUUGGUGAUUCUGGAGCUGUGUCUCUUUCCCAGGCUCUUGCAGUCAACUUCUCCUUAACUAAUUUGGAUUUGAGUACCAGCAGUAUUGGUGAUUCUGGAGCUGCGUCUCUUUCCCAGGCUCUUGCAGUCAACUCCUCCUUAACUAAUUUGGAUUUGAGUUGGAGCAGUAUUCGUGAUUCUGGAGCUGCGUCUCUUUCCCAGGCUCUUGCAGUCAACUCCUUCUUAACUAAUUUGAAUUUGAGUAGGAACAGGAUUGGUGAUUCUGGAGCUGUGUCUCUUUCCCAGGCUCUUGCAGUCAACUCCUCCUUAACUAAUUUGUAUUUGGGUUUGAACAGUAUUGGUGAUUCUGGAGCUGCGUCUCUUUCCCAGGCUCUUGCAGUCAACUCCUCCUUAACUAAUUUACAUUUGCGUUGGAACAGUAUUCGUGAUUCUGGAGCUGCGUCUCUUUUCCAGGCUCUCGAAGUAAACUCCUCCUUAACUAAUUUGGAUUUGAGGGGGAACGGUAUUGGUGAUUCUGGAGCUGCUUCUCUUUCCCAGGCUCUUGCAGUCAACUCCUCCUUAACUAAUUUAGAUUUGCGUGGGAACGGUAUUGGUGAUUCUGGAGCUGCGUCUUUUUCCCAGGCUCUUGAAGUCAACUCCUCAUUAACUAAUUUGGGUUUGAAGGGGAACGGUAUUGGUGAUUCUGGAGCUGCUUCUCUUUCCCAGGCUCUUGCAGUCAACUCCUCCUUAAAUAAUUUGGAUUUGAGUGCGAACAGUAUUGGUGAUUUUGGAGCUGCGUCUCUUUCCCACGCUCUUGCAGUCAACUCCUCCUUAACUAAUUUGGAUUUGUAUAGGUAAUAGCAUGAUUUGUAUUGAUAUUUGGCAUAAAUACCACGAGUGAUGUUUCGAAAUUGUUAUACGUAAUUUCACGAGCCGUUAGGCGAGUGAAAUUUGAGACAAUUUUGAAAUAUCACGAGUGGUAUUUAUGCCAAAUAUCACGUACAAAUCAUGCUAUUAUUUGUUUAUACUACUACCCACAAAGGGUUUGUAAUUUUCACAUGUAGGUAUUUCAAAUUAAGCUGAAAUACCACUGCUCUAAGCCAAUCAAAUUGCAGUAAUUUCUCAUGUAGUAGUAUAAGAGUGCGAACAGUAUUGGUUAUUUUGGAGCUGCGUCUCUUUCCUAGGCUCUUGCAGUCAACUCCUCCUUAACUAAUUUGGAUUUGAGUUUGAACAGUAUUCGUGAUUCUGGAGCUGCGUCUCUUUCUCAGGCUCUUGCAGUCAACUCCUCCUUAACUAAUUUGGAUUUGAGUGCGAACAGUAUUCGUGAUUCUGGAGCUGCGUCUCUUUCUCAGGCUCUUGCAGUCAGCUCCUCCCUAACUAAUUUGAAUUUGCGUGGUAACGGUAUUGGCGAUUCUGGAGCUAUUGCACUAUUCCAUGUGAACCUGGUUAAUACAACGGUGCACGUAGAUGAUCCUGUUCUUGUUAAUGGUGAGGAGGAAGAGGAAGAAGGAGACAAGGACAAGGAGAAGCAUAUAAAUAGGUAAUUUCAACGUACAAUUGUUAUAGAAUAAAAUGAUAAUCGUCAUAUUUAGAAAAGUUGUUGAGUGUUAAAGGAAAGUCAAACGGGGCAUUUCGGGGUCCUAUGCAUUUUAAGAAAUUUUUUGUUUGUGCUCUAAUCUAAGAAGUAAUGACAUAAUUUCUGCUUAGAGUCGAGGUCUGAAAACUUGUUUGGAUUUUAUAAAUGAAUGUUAAACGGAAAAACCGUCAGGGAUGCGUGACACCCGUACUUCAAUAACUGAUUUGAAAACAUUUGAUACUUUUCGAUAUUUGUUUACGAGUAUCACCCUAUCAUGGAUUUUAAAAGUCUGGUCUGAAAACGGGUGUAGAAAAUGACACUUUUUGGGUUUGAAAUAUGGUCAGGAUUUGGAGAACCGGGCGGCACACUUCACCAAGAAUUCCCAGGAGUACCCCUCCCCCCCGGCAGGGGCCUGCAUCUUAACUUGAUAUUUCUUGUCUGGUGUUUACACUGUUCAUAGGUUGCUGAAGUGUCCAUUGAGGUUUAGCAUCCAGAGCUUCUUCCUUCACGAACAGUUUUAAUUUAUGACGCAUUCAUUGAAUUUAGGUUCCCUUGAAAGAAACAGAAUGCACCCAGUGUGAACACAAACCAGCCUAUGGACUUCUUCAUCGAGGACGGCACAUGCAUGGUGCCUUACCAACUCAGAGCGGAGAAAGAAUCAAUUUAAUCAUCAUAUGGAUGCGCUCCUUUGCUGUGUGUAACAAGCUGUGUCCUAUGUGCAACAGGGUACCCAGGCUGAUGCCAUCUUUUGGAGGAUCUGGUGAUGGGUUUACUGUUAACCCUCUGUCGGUCUGUGUUGCUCUGUAACGUCAUCAAGUGCCAUUUUCCUUACGUGAGAGCCGCUACGAUGCAUUAAGGCGUUGCAAAAAUUGUUCAAAAUACUGUAAUUAUUACUGCGGACCCGAGAGAGUUUGCUCGUGAAUUAAGGUUUAUUUAGAGAAAGAAGCAUGCGCUUAUUGUUCCCUCCCCUUUUAAGCCUGCUUCUUGUCAACUCGCUCUGUUCCUUGCUUAACUGGCCUUAACGUUCUUGAAAGGCUGUGAAGCAAAGAUACACACCUACCUACAUGCAUAC